AUGCCACCUUUGGAUAGGGUAGGUUCGACCGUGAACCGAAAACGAACAAGAAAACUCGAUGUGCAUCGAAGUUAUCAUCGCGAAAAUCCGGAAAAGAGAAUCCACUAUGAGAGAGAGGUUAGAUUGCCACGUGUUCGCCAUUCUCGAAGUUCUUCCUCAUACUCAGAUUUUUCGCGAAGAGGUUACACGAGUCGCUAUGCUCGCAGUCCAUCUCCUGUAGGAAGAUAUCGCGAACAUCGGCAUCGUCCUCAGGAACAUCGAAGAGACUACGAUAGAUAUGAUUCCCAUCGUCAACGAAGUCCAACUCGUCAUUAUAUACCUUAUCGUUAUCCGAGAGAAACGACGGUUUCAAACAGUGCCAGAUCUGAUCGCUAUCUGCGAGAAGCGACUGAUCAAGAUCAUCAAAAAUCCGAUCGUUAUCCGAGAGAAACGACGGAGUACUCAGACAGAGAUUCUGAGUCAUAUUCAGAACACUAUGACGCUUCGAGUGAGUUCGAGGGCGAGGGUCCUGAAGAUCCAGGAAUUCCACCAGAGCACGUGUUUCUAGAGGAAGGAGACGUCUAA